AUGGGAGACUCAUCAGUCGUCGGAUCCAAACCAAACGAUGGCGGAUUCCCAGAUACUUCGCAAGUUUCAGGGCCAAAUCCUGCGCAGAAUUUAGAAACGGAAAUCCAACAGGAUAGCGCAAGGAAAGGUUCAAACAGACCUCCGCACUUGCCCAGUGCUUCUGCAAAUUAUCCUCCGAGCGUGGCAUACUCCCAGCAUCCCAUCUCGCAUGCAACACCGGAAUCUUUCAAUAUGACAACACUCGGUGCUACUUUGCCAGAUAUGUCUUACCAGCACUAUGGCCAGCGGUUUCCUCAAAGCCCUGGCGCCCCUCCACAUUUCAUGUAUCAGACGCAGUUCGCAAAUCAAGGCAUCAUGAGCCCUCCACCCACCGCUUCAACGUUCAACCCGUCAUACCAGACACAAUAUGGAAUUUAUCCAAACCAACAAAUGCAACAACAGCACAUGCAUAUGGCCACAAACAACGCUCAGUUUUACGUCAGCCAAGGAUAUAUGGGACAACCACAGCAACAAGCAGGAUCGCAAUAUUAUAUACAACCUGGCACUUUUGGGCAGCAAGGUCAAAAUUAUACAGGAAAUCAAAUGGGAUUACAAUACCCACAACGUGGUAGCUUUUCUGGAGACAAUCGACCUUUGUCACAACAACGCAAUGAUUUGUUUAUUAAUGUGACAGGCCAAGCUGGGAGAUCAAAUAGUGUUGUCCAACACAAUCAACGGUCGUCAGAGGACCUCCACGAAAACCUCGUCAGAGUGUGGAUCGGUAAUUUGCCACCGCAGACAGAUCUCAUGAGUCUCGUACUUCAUGUCUGCAAAGAGACUGUUGGUCUUGAGUCGUUAUUCUUGAUCUCCAAAAGUAACUGCGCCUUUGCAAAUUUCAAGGACGAGGCUGCAUGUGUCGCAGCGCAACUUAAGAUUCAUGAUUCGAGAUUCCAAACUGUACGCUUGGUUAGCCGAUUACGCAAGGCAUCACUCGGGACUGUCGGAGGUGUCUCAGUUCCUACAGGCCCAGCAGCUUUAACACCUCCACAGCUAUCACAAAUUCCAUCACCGGUUUCAGAAAAUGAAAAGGCGUCAAAAGAGGCUGUUGAAAAGCAACAAAUGCCGGAUGGAGAGUCUUCACCGCUCUCAAAGGACAAAUACUUUGUGGUUAAGAGUCUCACAGUAGAGGACUUAGAAUUAAGUGUGCGCAACGGGAUUUGGGCUACACAAACACAUAAUGAAGAAGCUUUGAAUAAGGCAUACCAGACAGCAGAUAAUGUCUACCUAAUAUUUUCCGCCAAUAAAUCAGGAGAAUAUUUCGGAUACGCACGUAUGAUAUCACCCAUCAAUAAUGAUCCAGCUGCCGCCAUUGAAUUCGCGCCCAAGGCUCAAACGGUCGAGGAUCCUGAUCUUCCCAAAGCAAUCCCAACACCAGCUUCUGAAUUCGCACCUAAAGGACGCAUUAUUGAUGAUUCGGCACGCGGAACUAUUUUCUGGGAAAUCGAGCGCGACGAUUCAGAAGAUGUAGAUGAAGACGAUAAAUCUCAAAGUGGCAAGAGUGAUGUUGACGGCGAUGCAUCUUCAAAGGCUUGGGGUAAACCUUUCAAACUGGAAUGGAUAUCGACGACUCGAUUACCAUUUUAUCGUACGCGUGGACUCCGCAAUCCGUGGAACUCAAAUCGUGAAGUCAAGAUUGCAAGGGAUGGUACUGAGUUGGAAACGAGUAUUGGGAAAAGAUUGGUGGGACUUUUUCAUAGGAUUCAAAGUCCUGUUGCGCCUAAUAUGCCUCAGAUGCAGGGAAUGGGAAUGGGAAUGCCUAUUCAAAUGAUGCCUCCAGGUGGAUAUCCACAGAUGCGUCCAUAUAAUUAA